AUGACAUCAACAAUAGCUAAUGCUAAAUUUGAGGGUAUGACAAAAGAGGAAAAGCUACGAUUUUGUGAAGAUCUUAUCAGACAAGCGGCCGAUUUAACACAACCUAAUCAAAGUAGCAGCAAAGAUACGUCAUAUGGCACAUCCGGCAUACGCUCACUAUCAAAACGAAGUCCAAGCUCAAUAAAAUCACGACAUGGAACGAAAAAAGUGAAAAGCAAUACGAAAUCUGUAUCUAAAUCACGGAAAACAUCAAAAUCAAAAUCAAAAAUACGUUCGUCUAAUGUACAACAAAAAGGCUCAACAUCAAGUGUUAAAUCCAGCGUAUCAAAAUCUUCGACAAGAUCGGCAAAAUCAAAACGUUCAUCAUCGGGUACCAGAACAAACGAUAAAUCAUCAACCAAGCAGCCUUCAUCAAGUGCUGCACGAUCUAAAUCUCGAACUGGUCGAACAGGACAAAAAAACUCAAAAUCCUCUGUACGCACAUCACAACUAUCAAAAACAGGCAACAUUUCGGAUACUAGUCCACAGUCAAAAACCAAAUUAUCCCAUGCUGCUCUCAAAUCAUCGAAAAGUGAUGCAUCAAAAGUAGAACUGCGAUCAUUGGCAUCAAAGAAUGGUGUUCAAUCAUCUACCACACUUGCAACAUUCCAAAAAUAUGGAACAAAAAGAAAAACUGAUAAUAAAACUACUAUGCCAACGAAAAGUACAUCAAUAUCAAAAGCUCGCUCGGGCUCUAAGUCCAAAGGUUUAUCAAAAGUUCACACGGCAACAUCUACCAAAGGACGAAGUACAGCGAAAGGCAAAAGCGGUACGAAAGCCAAAAUAGCAGAGAAGUUAUCCACUUCCUCACAAGUUACUAGUGGCACACGAAAUGCAAUCAGAACUGUAUCGGCAUCUGGCAUGAAAUCUAAAACAAAACAUGGCACUAAAAAAAAUAUAGGAACAAGGACAAGGAGGAGUGGUCACCUUGUUGAAACAUGUCAAACUCAAUUUGUACCGAAAUUUAAUCCGAGUUCAAACAAAAAUGAAGUACCAGUUUAUCAUAUCAUUCGCCACGCAUUUGGAAAUAUGGUUCGCGAAGCUAUUUGUCAAAUGGAUAAAGAUAGAAAUGGUAUUAGUGCGCAACAAAUCAUUGAUCAUAUAUUGAAACAUUAUAAAUUUUCCGAUAAUAUAUCGGAGAAUAUUAUACGUAAUCGUGCCUUGUUUACGAUCAAUGCCGGUUUGAGAAGUGGUACAUUGCUCAGUGUUAGCCCGAAAAGUAUCAAAAUUGGACGUAUGAGACGUAAUUAUCCAAGAUUAUUAUGUUAG